GUGUCCACUCAUGAAUCUACUGUAGUUAGUGACGAUAUGAUCAUACUGCUACAGUUUUUCAUAUUAUAAUGGUGACAAAUCCAGUCCAAAUCCUUGGCAGUUUUAAAAACUCGGGUUUUAAACGAUGUAUAAUCGACUUCUUCAGAGUGUGGUUUAGGAGCAUGGUUUCAUGUGUUUAGUAUUUUGCUGUUAGAAUUACUAGUAUUAGUGUUAUCGUUCUAAUAACCGGUUACCGUUGAUACAAACGAUACAGAAGAACGACUCGCGUACUGUAGUGUAAUAUUUUUUUUCGGGAAACAAAUAUAUUCAAAAACCGUGUUUUUAUUUUACUGUAGUGUAAUUUUUAAUUUUAUUUUGGUUGCAAUAUUUAAAUUUUAGCUCACAUACGUGCAGUGAACUUUUAAACUUUUAAAAUUAAAGCACGCUGUGGCUUGACAAAAAAAAACUAAGCAGACUAUUAUUACUAAUACUUCAUAGUAGCAGUACGACUAGUACCAAGUACUACUACUAGCUACAACAAGUAGAAACUGCAAGUUACCGACUAUCAAAUCAUGGCGUCGAUGCAGAAAAGACUACAAAAAGAGCUUCUAGCUAUUCAAAAAGAGCCACCACCAGGUGUCAGUGUUUGUCCAAAUGAUAUAGGACCCAACUUAACACAGUGGAUAGUGGACAUGGAAGGAGCUACUGGUACUCUUUAUGAAGGAGAAAAAUUCCAGCUGAUGUUCAAGUUUAGUCACAAGUAUCCAUUUGAUUCUCCUGAAGUAACCUUUAUUGGUCCCAAUAUUCCUGUCCAUCCACAUGUGUACAGUAAUGGACAUAUUUGCCUGUCCAUCCUCACUGAAGACUGGUCACCUGCACUCUCUGUACAGUCUGUCUGUUUAAGCAUUGUCUCCAUGCUAUCUAGUUGUAAAGAAAAGAAACGACCACCAGAUAACUCUCUUUAUGUAAAAACUUGUAGCAAGAACCCAAAGAAAACUAGAUGGUGGUAUCAUGAUGAAUCAGUUUGACAAGGACCUCCAGUGUAGUUGUGUACAGAAGGUUGGAUGAUAGUUGUUUCCUUUCUUGGCAUAACAAGAGAAUCUGCACCUAAAAUGGCAAACUGUAUUUCAUUUCUUCUGAGCCUUGGCCUUGAAUUGUCACUUGGUCACUGCCUCCAAUGUGGAAAGUACUAAACAUUCUCAUCUGGAACAUCAAAGGAUUUUAUGUAAAACUAAAUCUAACUUGAUGUGAAUAAUAGUAAUCUGUUGCAUGGACAGAGUCUUAAUUUGUUAUAGUUGAGUUCUUUUGAUUAGUGUUAGACACAUGACUUAUUCUUGAUUUUAUGUAAAGAAGCAUUUAUGCAGUCUUAUAUGGCUAAGUAUUAGAAAGUAUGUUAUGCAUUAAUGGAUUUAGUUUUAGAUUUGAAAAUAUAAUGUGUGUUAUGUGUAUAUGUUAUCAACCUGGUUUUCUUUAUGGUGCGAAGAACUGACUUCUGUGUCAGAAAAGGACAAUUUUCUGCUAACUUUAAAUUAAGCAUUGUCUUAGUGAACUACCUGAGCUUUAUUGUAUUGCACCAGAAAUAACAUUUAACUCAAAUUGUUAUCUAUUUACAUAAAGGGAUGGGCAUGGCCUAGUGGUUAGUGUGCCAGUUUGUGAUUCCAAGGGUCCAAAGUUUGUCUCAUUAACACAAAAUUGUGAUCCUCACUUUAGGGCUGUAGAUAUGUUAUAAGAGUAGCAGUCAAAUCUCACUAUUUGAUUAAACUAGCCCAAAAGUUGGUGGUAAGUACUUUGGACUAGCUGUUUUCCCACUGGUCUAUCAGUUCAAAAUUAGAAACAACUAGUGUAGAUAGCCCUUGCAUAGCUUGCAUGAAUAUUUGAAACAAACUGAAACAAUUUGAAUACAAAUUGGUAUAUGGUUUUCAGCAUUUUGUUCUAUGUACUUAUUUUUAUCUACUUAUUUUUAUUGAAAAUACCUAUUGUAUUUUACACAACAUGUAUCACAUUGUGUAAUAUACAUUUAUAUGGCCUUAAAAAUAGUAUGUUUCAUGCAUCUGGGCUUUCAAGUUUUUUAUGUGAUGUUUAUCUAAUAUUUUCUAAAUGUAUGAAAAAAGUUUCUUUAUGGUAACUUUACCAGUCUUCUAUAACUACUACCUAAAGUGUUAGUUUGAAAAACGAACAACUGAUACACUGAGAAAUAUAUUAUUAUUCAGAAAGUUUCAUCUAAUAUAUAGCAACAUGAGUAUUUAUUUUUUCAGUAUGCUCAUUCGAGCAAUAAUUGCAUUUUGGUUUCACUGUGACCUGUGCAGAGCCACAUAUUUGUAUUUUUUGUUAAACAGAAUGAAAAGAACCUGCAUUGUAUUUCUUGUUGAAUAACUAUGAACUUAUUGUAUUUCUCUGUGCUUACUAACCAAUAACACAGUAUUAAAAAUUCUUAAAUCUUACAGAAAAUGUAUGUUUGUGUUUAUUUACCUUUCAGUUUUAUUAAUCUUAUGUUUAAGCAUUUCUUCAGGCUGUAUUCAUUCUUUUUCCACAAAUUUUUAGUUACAAUCAUACGUGGGAAGUUUUAAUACAUUUGCUUCAGCAUAACAUUUUCCAAAGAUGUAAAAAUUGUUGAAAGUAAUUGAAAACUAAUAAUAUAAGAAAGUAUAAAAAAAAUUCUUUCUGAUGUUCUCUAAUUAAUAGAAUGCAGAGUUAUAGACCAUUUGGCAGCUUGAAGUAGAAUAGGAAGUAUAGUUGUGGACCAUUUCCCUUGUGAAAUAGAACAGGAAGUAUAGGUAUGGACCAUUUCCAUACUAGAAGUAGAAUAAGAAGCAUAGUUACAAACCAAUACCCAGUUUGAGGUAGAACAGGAAG